CUGCAGGUUUUAUUACAAACAAGCAAUUAAUUAAAAAAAAGAAAAAAUAAAAGAGCAUCAAGGUUUCCUUUUGGUUAGUGGGAUUAAGAUUGUGUUUAGGUGCAGACAUGGCAUUAAUUAUCUGCAUUAAUAAUUAUGUCCUCACAAGGAUAGUAAGACAAACAACAAACGUGUGUGUGUGAGAAAGAGUGAGAGAGAGAGAGAAAGAGAGAGAGAGAGAUUUCAUAAGCCUGAAUAUUGCACUUACAGGCAGCGCCUUUAAACACAAAGAAUCCAUAACAGGAGAUUUGGUUUUCUUGCCCGUGGCUGGGGUUCAGUGUGUAUCUCGGAUGGUCAUCAGUCGGCUGGUGCGCAGCAGCAGCAUCACUCUCUUCCUUUUCUUUAUCUAGUGCGCAAACACACCGGUGUCGCGCCCUGACAGCGCCUUACUGUCUCCUGUCUCCAAACCGGAAAUGUGAGCGCGCUGCUCUCACACAGGGAGUGUGCGUGCGUGUGCGUGUGCGUGUGAGUGUAUUCGUGUGUGUGCAUGUGUGUGUAGCGGACAUCUCCUCUCCUCGCAGAGACAGCUUCUGUGAAAGCUGGUGUGAAAAAGCCACCUGGAUUGUCGUGUUGCUUUAAACAACGUUCACUAAACGGAUCCGCGUGGAUCAUUGAGACAAAGUUUAACUGGAGCCGCUUGUCGCUUCACCGAGAGCAGCGCGUGCUGUGCAUGUAGACGCGGGCUUGGCUUGGAGUUUAACAUCAGCGCUCAGUUCAUGCCUCAUUUCUGGACCUUUCUGGAGUCUGGCUCCAUAUCGGACGCGCGCGCGUAAAAAAAAAAAAAAAAAAAAAAGAAUCCCGAGCAUUUGGGACUGCAGGAUGCGUGUGUGUGUUGCUCGGCUCUGCGCUCGAGCUCUGUCCAGGACCUGACAGGAGCAGAGGAGAGGAGAGGAGAGCAGAGGAGAGGAGAGGAGAGGAGAUCCAGCAUCAGUGCACUAGAUUCCCCGAAUUAAAAUUCAGCCUGAACUCUCUGUCUCUCGCCUGCUGUGGGACUCUUCAUCACGGACGGAGGUGUUCACACCGCCAAUGCCUUCAUUCGACAUCCAGCGAAAAUUUCAUUGCUUCUUAUCUAAUCGAGAGUGAAAAAUAAUCCCAUCCGGACCAGACCUCGAGACUAAAUGAUCCCCAGAGGGGUUUAACGCGCACCACCACUUUUCCAACAUGUUUAAACGGGGCUGUGGGAUUGAGUUCCUGCUGGUGCUCUGUGGGUUGGAGCUGUCCUGGUCCUGCCCGCGCCACUGCAUCUGCUACUCUGCCCCCAGCACCAUCAGUUGCCAGGCCCACAACUUCCUGUCUGUCCCUGAGGGCAUUCCCCCCAACAGCGAGCGUAUCUUCCUCCAGAAUAACAAAAUCCACCGGUUGCUGAGGGGCCACCUUAGUCCCACUACAGUAACACUGUGGAUCUACUCCAACAACAUCACCUAUAUUGAGCCCUCCACCUUUCAAGGGUUCACCGUGUUGGAGGAGCUAGACCUGGGAGACAACCGCUACCUGCGUUCUCUAUCUCCAGAGACCUUUCAUGGGCUUGGCCGUCUUCACGCACUCCACCUGUACCGCUGUGGUUUGAGUUCACUUCCUAAUAACAUCUUCCAGGGCCUUCGCAAUCUGCAGUACUUAUAUCUUCAAGAUAACCACUUAGAGUACCUGCAAGAUGACAUCUUUGUGGACCUACACAACCUGAGUCAUUUGUUUCUUCAUGGGAACCGCCUGUGGAGCCUGCAUCAGAACACCUUCAGAGGGCUGCGUGCUCUGGACCGGCUGCUGCUGCACCACAACCAGCUGCAGUGGGUGGACCGUCUGGCUUUCCAUGACCUGAAGCGCCUCACCACACUAUAUCUGUUCAACAACUCCCUGACAGAGCUAUCUGGUGAGUGCCUGGCCAUGCUGGGUGCUUUGGAAUAUCUUCGUCUCAACGACAACCCCUGGGAAUGUGACUGCAAGGCUUUGUCUCUGUGGGACUGGCUUAAGAGGUUCCGUGGCUCCACAUCUUCAGUGGGCUGUGUGGCCCCAGCCAAUCUGGCAGGAAAGGACCUAAAGCAGCUGAAAAAAGAGGACUUCCCCAAUUGCUCUGGAUCAGAGUCCCUGCACCAGAGCAAGACCAAGUUGUGGGCUGGAACAGACAAGGUCUCCCUGAAGCAAGAGCCUCAACCUGCCCAGCCUCAGCAACCACGCUCUCACCACCCCCACCUUGGUGAACAAUUCUCCUCUCUGCCCACACCUUUGCCCCAACCUCCCCCUGCAAUUAAUGGAGUACAGGCAGGAACAGGAGAUUCCCCAAAUGCGGUCAAUCCUCAGAGGCCUGGUCGUUCUCGGAACUGCACACGCCAGCGGAGCAGGAGUGGCAAAGGGAAAGGGCCCAACGAGGUUCAUACUUCAAAGGAAAUGGCAGACAAGGAGUUUUCCUCAUCUGACUACACUGGGAAAUAUGACCACACAUCCCCUGAUAGUUUGACCACACGGAGAAAGAAUAAAUGUACUCCCCGGACCACUGUGCGUCCCCCCAGUGGGGUCCAGCAGGCCACCAACAUGGGCAAUUCCCAGUGGCUCCACCUCCCUCUCUCUAGUAUUGUGGGACUUCUUGUGCUGCUAAGUGCUAGAUUCAUCAUACAGUGAACUUGAAGCUGGUGCAUUGUAGCUAAAUGAAAACAAUGCAGUUCUCAGAUCCACUCUAGCUCCAGCCUUCCUAGGCCUCUUUACACAAGUCUCUGUGUGUGCAAGUGCGUGUGUAUGUUUUGGGGUUGGGGUGGGGGGAUCAUUGUGUGUAUGUUUAAUAAUCUGUGUAAAAUACUGUUUAGGGAUCUUUGCCAGUUAGACACUGAAAUAGACACACAUGCUUAAGCAUCAUAUGCACAUAUCUGUGAAAUAGAUACAUAUGAGUGAACAUCAGAUGUGUAAUUUGAGCAGGAGGAUGGAAGAUUGAACUGAAAGAGAAGCAGUACAGGCAGCCUAAACAUGCUUUCACUGCCAUUGUUGCCAAAAUAUUUUCAUUUACAUUUACAUGGGUCACUGUAACCUAAUCACAAGUGACAGCUAAACAGCAAGACAUGCAAUUGGAAUAUAACAUCCAGCUGAAAUGCAGGGUUGCUCAACUAAAAAUUACUAUAAUACAAAUUGCCAAUUAUAAAAUGUUACAUUGUGACAUAAUCUUAACACAUUCACAAUAUUUUUCAUUACCUUUAAGUUCUUAUAUGAAUAAAUUGCAAAAUAUCAUCCAAAAUAAAGUGUUAUUUGUAAAUCCAGUCAAGUUUUACCUUCAGCGUGUCCUUAGUAACAUUUGUUGGCAAAACACAAUGUUUUUUUUGACAACAACUGAAUGUAAUCCUAUACAUAAUUGCCUCAUCAUUCUGAUAUAUACGUGCCGUGUAUUCACUUAAUCCCCAACCAUAGUGUGCUCAUUGUGGAAAUAAAUAAGUUGAGAAAGAUACCAUAUAACAGCAUACCACAACUUUGUUACUUUUAGUGAAAUGUGUGACUUUUUAUUGCAGUAAUGUGCGGCCAAAUAUUCCUUUCAAGAUUAGCUGCCACUGAAAAAAAAACUGAACUCUUAAAAUGUCUUACACUUACUCUCUUACACCUGAACAGUCAGGCUAUAACCUACUUCAACAUUUUACAAGGAAAAGCAAUUUGUCAGUUAAACUAUACAAUGCUUUCAAACUCAGUACACAAACACAAAAACUCCACAAAAAGCCAAAUUGUUGUCCAAAUACUAUCCAUUUUAACUCAUGUUUAUAUAUAUAUAUAUAUAUAUAUAUAUAUAUAUAUAUAUAUAUAUAUAUAUAUAUAUAUAUAUAUAUAUACAGUACUGUGCAAAAGUUGUAGGCACCCUAUUUUUUUAGUACAAAAUUUGUUGUAGAUUUUUAUUUUAUGACGUCUACAUUAUUGAUUCAGUACAAAAACAUUUUAGAUUGCCAAACAUUAGUUUUCCAGCACAAAAUUAAAUGUUACAGAAAAAUGUUUGUAUGUCAGUAAAGAAAGCAGCAUAUUACAUAAGAGACCACUUUUCAGACAAAAAACAUAAUGAAGGCUGCUGGGUUUUGCUGCAAAAAUAAGAAGCAAGUGUGACAGUCAAAGUCUCCAGAAGAACUGUGGCUGCUUCUGCAAGAUGCUCAGUAACACUUACAGCUAAUUUCCUUAUAAAACUGCACACACUGCACCUGAGACUACUAUUUUUUUAUAUAGCAAAGGAUCCUCACACCAAAUAUUGACUUUGUUUCAUUUAUUACUGUUUACUGCUCUUUAUAGUAUAUUUUAAUGUAGAAACAUUUAAUUUCAUUAUUUUUGAAGGCAUCUUUGCUCUACAGCAUUUCUUUGCAUGUGCCUAAGACUUCUGCACAGUACUGUAUAUAUAUAUAUAUAUAUAUAUACCUCAUAUUUUAUUUUGCUACAAACAUUGCUUCAAGAAGCAUCAUCAUUUGCACAGUUUGGAUUAUUUUGCAACAGGACAUUAUGGAGCCUAUUAUAACAAGCUGCUAUUAAUGUUUAACGAAGCAAACAGGGUACAUUUGCUUCAAGAACUCUGUGUGUGUGUGUGUGUGUGUGUCUAGGAUAUAAAGCUCUGAAAAUCUAAAGAGUUGUAUUUGUUUAUUGUCUUCUGUGUUUGUUUGAUUUGGCUGAGCUGGGAACUAGAGAUGACCUGUAAUGGGGCACAGAAACAGGAAGUGCCCUGAGAAGACAAAGGUCAAACUGGGAUGAACGUUUUUUGCUAACAUCCCUCUGUCUGAACUGCUUAUUAAAAUGGACACCUUUCACACUUAGAAGGCUGUGAAAUCAACAAUUCAACAAUACUAAGAAGAUACGGGAAAAUAUUCCUUCAAAUAACUUGGUGUGAUGUAUAAUAGUGAUUUUCAACAUACCAUGGCCAAAAAAAAGCACUUUUGGAGCCAUAGGACAAAAAACUGGGGUCCAGGAGAAAGACAAUUUGUCUGUGCUGGAAAGAGGGAAAUGUGUGGAUGGAUGUUCAGUCUCCAGUUACAGGUCCAGGGAAUGGCUGGAGAAUUGUGCCUCCUCUACUGAGAAAUUCUUUGUAAAAUAUAAUGAACUGUAAACAGUUUCGUCAGCCAGUAGAUGGAUUGUGACUAAGAUAAUAUUGGUACCAUGACAAAAACCAUGAAUGAAUGACAUUUAUGAUGACAACAGGGUUUUUUACUUCUCAAGCAGAGAAGUACAUUUCUUCACGUUUUGCUUUCUCAUUUUUUAUUUGGUUAUUACAUGCUUUAGAUUCCAUUUUCAAAGAAACUGCACAAUCCUUCUUCCUCCACCAUGCUCUCUCUCUCUCUCUCUCUCUCUCUCUCUCUCUGUCUCUCCUGCAUCACACCAUCCUAGUUAUUCGAUGGUUUAACAAGUUGUUCUCAGAAGAUAAUACAAAAAAUGUUUAUAAAGAUAUUAAAAUCUAUAUCUUCUUAUUUUAAGAAGUGCGUCGCCAUUUCUUUUUUAGUAUUCAGAAAGCAGGGCACUGACAAAGUAAAGAAGUGUUUCCACCUCUCUCCUGUCAGCAAGAGUUGUUCAUUCAAUCGAUGCUCUUCUUUGCAGAUCAGUCACUGCCUAUUAUAUCAGAGGAAUAAUCCAGGUAUCUGUGUAGCUCUGUGAGUCUGUCUUAUACACACGCACACACACACACACACAAAUACUUGGACCUCAAUAUCACCAUCACCCACAAAACUGUGUGUGUGUGUGUGUGUGUGUGUGUGUGUGUGCAAUCUCCAAAACAUGAAAACUCACAUGUAAAGGGCUUCUAUAAAUCAUCUUGAAAGCACCAUAUUUGAGUCGAUCAUUACAAAUAUUAAUAGGGCUUUACAGUAUUUUCUGGUCUCAUUUCUCAUCUACUUCCCACUAUGAUGGGAAUUGAUCCCAAGCUAAACCGUAAUUUUUUCCUACAAUAAUGUGGGGAAAGCUAGUUUUCCGCAUGGCAGAGAAACGAUACAGCAUUACUUAUGAAUAAGGGUUGGAUGUUGCAGUUACAUUGGAAACUAUAUGGGGCCUCUAUCUUUGGGCUCUAUCGUUGUGCAAACUAAUGACAACAUGUUGCUAAUUUG